AUGGCCACAGAGGUAGACAGCAGGCCUGGGGGGCUCCCCAGCAGUGGUUGCGACCUGGGCGCAGCUCGGGAGCACAUGCAGGCGGUCACCCGAAACUACAUUACCCACCCCCGUGUCAGUGAGUAUGACCCCCAGUGGGUGAAGGUCUGGUUCCAGAACCGACGCACCAAACAGAAGAAAGACCAGAGCAGAGACCUGGAGAAACAGGCGACCUCCUCGGCCUCCGAAGCCUUCGCCACCUCCAACAUCCUGCGGCUGCUGGAGCAGGGCCGGCUGCUGUCGGUGCCCAGGGCCCCCAGCCUCCUGGCACUGACACCUGGCCUGCCGGGCCUGCCUGCGGGCCACAGGGGCACCUCCUUGGUUGACCCCAGGAACUCCUCCCCACGCCUCAACCCGCUGGCCUCGGCCUCGACCUUGGCCUCGGCGUCCCCUCCGCUGCGGCCCCUGCCUCCUGCGCUCUGCUUUUCCGCUGCCCAGCUCCUGGACCUGCCUGCCGGCUAUGAACUGGGGUCCUCGGCCUUCGAGCCCUACAGCUCGCCCUACAGCCGGCUAGCGCGGAGAGAAGGCAGCCCUGGGGGCCCCAAGAAAGCUAACGCCUCAGCCUCCACCCCGAUGUGA